GAGAGGGAGGCAGGACGACUGGGAGACUGGCAGCAGGUCUCACUGCUCUGGGGGACAAACUGUACGUCAGCCAACAAAAAACUAUUUCAAUAAAUCCGCACAGAGACAUUAUCUCAUAUGGAUACAGUCAUCAGUUAGUGACUAACAGCUGGUUCCUCGUUUUAUGUGGUUUGGCUUUUAUUAAGGAGGACACGUUUUCAGAGGAAUAAUAAAGAUGAUUAAGGACAUGAUUCAGCAUGCGAAGAAACAUCCAGGGUUAAUCCCUCAGUUUUUCUUCAUGACUCUGGGCAUCUCAGGGGCCACACUCUACCUCAUCCGUCUGGCAAGAGGGCCCCAUGUCACCUUCUGGGACAAAAAGAACAACCCUGAGCCCUGGAACAAGCUCGAUCCGACCUAUCAGUACAAGUUUGUUGCCAUCAACACAGACUACAAGAGCCUGAAGAAGGACAGACCCGACUUCUAAAGGUCCUCCAGGCAUGUUCAGGGGCACCACGUUCAGGAGGACCUCCGAUUACAGCUGUCACCUCACCUUAUGUAAAACUGUAUGCUCAUGUAACCUUGUGUGUACCUCUGCAAUGUCAACUCUGAGAAAAUAAUACAAAGAAGAAAAACAUUAAAAGAUGGUUCGAAUUUUAGAGUGAUCAGCUUUAUCUUGUAACAUUCAACUGAUCAGAUGAUGGCAUAAAAUGAUCCGUGCUUUAACAAGCUUUCCCUUUACAUCAAGAGUUCUGCACAUUUCAUUUACAAAGAGAAUUAUUUUUUAAAAUCUAAAUAAAUUCAAUGUAUGUUUGCUUAAUUAUGUUGCUUGUCGUAUUUAUAGUGUUUAGUUCACCAUUUAGCAUUAAUAACCAAGAAUUUUCAGUGACUACUCCUGACUAUUAAACAUACGCUCUAUCAGACAGUUUCAUGCUAGUUUGAUUAAAACAUAUUAUUUCCUCUG